GCUCGUACGGCGGCCGCAGCGGCAGGGCGGGGCCGGCAGGGGCGGCGGCGGCGGCGGAGGAAGCCCCCCGGGAGCGCGACCUCGCUUCCCUCGGCGUCUCGCUCGGACCUCGGCGCGUCCCGGCUUCCCGAGGACUUUUGCGCGCAGACAUGGGCGGCGUCGGGGAGCCCGGCGGGGAGCCGGGGCCGCGGGAGGGGCCCGCUCAGCCGGGGGCGCCGCUACCCGUCUACCGCUGGGAGCAGAUCCGCAAGCACGACCUGCCGGGCGACAAGUGGCUGGUCAUCGAGCGCCGCGUCUACGACAUCAGUCGCUGGGCACAGCGGCACCCAGGGGGCAGCCGCCUCAUCGGCCACCACGGCGCGGAGGACGCCACGGACGCCUUCCGUGCCUUCCACCAGGAUCUCAACUUUGUGCGCAAGUUCCUGCAGCCCCUGCUGAUCGGACAGCUGGCCCCAGAAGAGCCCAGCCAGGACGGACCUCAGAACGUCCAGCUGAUUGAGGACUUCCGAGCCCUGCGCCAAGCGGCCGAGGACAUGAAGCUGUUCGAAGCUGAUCCCACCUUCUUCGCCCUCCUGCUGGGCCACAUCCUGGCUAUGGAGGUGCUGGCUUGGCUCAUCGUCUACCUCCUGGGCCCUGGCUGGGUGCCCAGCACCCUUGCUGCCCUCAUCCUGGCCGUCUCCCAGGCCCAGUGCUGGUGCCUGCAGCAUGACCUGGGCCACGCCUCCAUCUUCAGGAAGUCCCGGUGGAACCACGUGGCCCAGCAGUUUGUGAUGGGACAGCUGAAGGGCUUCUCGGCCCACUGGUGGAACUUCCGCCACUUCCAGCACCACGCCAAGCCCAACAUCUUCCACAAGGACCCAGACGUGACCGUGGCACCUGUCUUCCUCCUGGGGGAGUCGUCUGUCGAGUACGGCAAGAAGAAACGCAGAUACCUUCCUUACAACCACCAGCACCUGUACUUCUUCCUGAUUGGCCCGCCGCUGCUCACCUUGGUGAACUUUGAAGUGGAGAAUCUGGCGUACAUGCUGGUGUGCCUGCAGUGGACAGACUUGCUCUGGGCUGCCAGCUUCUACUCCCGCUUCUUCUUGUCCUACGUCCCCUUCUACGGUGUCCCCGGGGCCCUGCUUCUCUUUGUUGCCGUCAGUGGUGAGCUGGACGUGGGACAAUGCCCGGGACUCCCACAGGGUCCUGGAGAGCCACUGGUUCGUGUGGAUCACGCAGAUGAACCACAUCCCCAAGGAGAUCGGCCACGAGAAGCACCGGGACUGGGCCAGCUCUCAGCUGGCAGCCACCUGCAACGUGGAGCCCUCGCUCUUCAUCGACUGGUUCAGCGGGCACCUCAACUUCCAGAUCGAGCACCACCUCUUCCCCACCAUGCCAAGGCACAACUACCGCAGGGUGGCCCCUCUGGUCAAGGCGCUGUGUGCCAAGCACGGCCUGCACUAUGAGGUGAAGCCCUUCCUCACUGCCCUGCUGGACAUCGUCGGGUCCCUGAAGAAGUCUGGCGACAUCUGGCUGGAUGCCUACCUCCACCAGUGAAGGCAGCCCCCGGAGGAGAGAAGGGGUAAGGCCAGGGCCUCAGCAGCCACGAGCCAGACCGGCCGAUGGACAGCCUCACCCUCCGUGCCCAGCCCAGAUGCCCUGUGUGUCCUGCAGGCCCUGCUGUCUUUCCCUCCACCCUCUUGCCUGCCUGUUCAGCUGCUCUGCAGCGUGGCUCUGGGCCCAACAGGACCAGGAGUCGAGGGAGGGACCUAAAGCCACACCGGAGCACAGCAUGUUUUCCUAAAGCAAGAAAUGGGGGAAACUGUUAUUUUUAUAUAAAAACCAACCCAGAUAUAUUAUGGA